AUGGCUGAAGAGAAGGUGGUCACAGUGUGGGAGGCAUUGCUGCAGAGCCCACUUCGCUUCCUGCAGCGCGACCUGAGCAGAGAGCCAUUCCAGCACCCGGAGGGCGUCACGCAGAUCGGCGGCCGCGGCGGGGACGGAAGGCGGAAGCAGAGCGUGAGCGGGAGGCGGAGCCGGGGGAGCUGCUCUCGUAGCUCCCCCUGGCCUCAGGCCCAGCUGCUCGAGGGGGAGGAGUUACCGCCGCUGUUCGGUAUUAGAACUUACCAUGAUGGCUGUGACCUAAAAUCCUUAGGAAGUCCCGGGGUCACGGCCCAGAAGCACCCAGGAGAAAGAGGGUUUUGGGGAGCCCACCAUAGUGGUGGUGCCUUUCUCAGGACUUCAGGACCCUCCGUGGACCCCGAAAUACUUUCAUUUUCAGGACUCAGGGACUCAGCAGGGACUGCUCCUAAUGGUACCCGCUGCCUAGCAGAGCACUCUGGUCCUAAGUACACACAGCCCCCAAACCCAGCCCACUGGUCGGAUCCAAGCCAUGGCCCCCCAAGGGGUCCAGGACCACCUAGAGAAGGAGAGGAUCCUGAUCAGAGUGAGGCAUCUUCAGAAGAAGAGUCAGGAGUGGACCAGGAACUCUCAAGAGAGAAUGAAGCUGGGUACCAGGAGGAUGGGAACCCUUCUUUUCUUUCCAUUCCAUCUGCUUGUAAUUGCCAGGGAACCCCUGGGAUCCCUGAAGGUCCUUAUUCUGAAGGAGGAGAUAGUUCUUCUAGCAACUUUUGCCACCAUUGUACCUCUCCAGCCUUGGGAGACGAUGAAGAGUUGGAAGAGGAAUAUGAUGAGGAGGAACCUCUUAAGUUCCCCACCGAUUUUUCACGUGUGUCCAGUGGAAAGAAACCCCCAUCCCGGAGACAGCGGCACCGCUUUCCAGCCAAGGAAGAUACUCGGGAUGGUGGACGUAGAGAUCCCAGGUCCCCUGGUCGACAUCGGCUGGGCCGGAAACGAAGUCAGGCAGAUAAGCGCAGAGGCCUGGGAUUGUGGGGAGCAGAAGAACUAUGUCAGCUUGGACAGGCAGGCUUCUGGUGGCUGAUUGAACUGUUGGUGUUGGUGGGAGAAUAUGUGGAAACUUGUGGCCAUCUCAUCUAUGCAUGUAGGCAGCUGAAAGGCAGUGAUCUGGACCUUUUUCGAGUUUGGGUGGGAGUCUGGGCAGGGAGGCUGGGGGGCUGGGCCCAGGUGAUGUCUCAGUUUCUAAGCCAGGGCUUUUACUGUGGGGCAGGACUGUUCACUCGUUUCCUUAGGCUACUGGGUGCUGUGCUGCUUCUGGCUCUGGCCCUCUUUUUAGGCUGUCUGCAGUUGGGCUGGCGAUUUCUGGUAGGACUAGGUGAGCGGUUUGGCUUGAGGGAUAAGGCCACCUGGCUCUUCUCUUGGCUGGAUUCUCCAGCCUUGCAACAUUGUUUGGCUUUGUUGAGAGACAGCAGGCCAUGGCAGCAGCUGGUAAGGUUAGUUCAGUGGGGUUGGCUGGAGUUGCCUUGGGUCAAGCAGAGGACUCAUAGGCAGGGGAAUGCAUCUGUAGCUAGUGGGCGCUACUGUCAGCCCGAAGAAGAAGUGGCUCGACUUUUGACCAUGGCUGGGGUUCCUGAGGAUGAACUAAAUCCUUUCCAUGUGCUGGGCGUUGAAGCCACAGCAUCAGAUAUUGAACUGAAGAAGGCCUAUAGGCAGCUGGCAGUGAUGGUUCAUCCUGAUAAAAAUCAUCAUCCCCGGUCUGAGGAGGCCUUUAAGGUUUUGAGGGCAGCUUGGGACAUUGUCAGCAACCCUGAAAGGCGGAAGGAAUAUGAGAUGAAACGAAUGGCAGAGAAUGAACUGAGCCGGUCAGUGAAUGAGUUUCUGUCCAAGCUGCAAGAUGACCUCAAGGAGGCAAUGAAUACUAUGAUGUGUAGCCGAUGCCAAGGAAAGCAUAGAAGGUUUGAAAUGGACCGGGAACCUAAGAGUGCCAGAUACUGUGCUGAGUGUAAUAGGCUGCAUCCAGCUGAGGAAGGAGACUUCUGGGCAGAAUCAAGCAUGCUGGGCCUCAAGAUCACCUACUUUGCACUGAUGGAUGGAAAGGUCUAUGACAUCACAGAGUGGGCUGGAUGCCAGCGUGUGGGAAUCUCUCCAGAUACUCAUAGAGUUCCCUAUCACAUCUCAUUUGGUUCUCGGAUGCCAGGAACCAGUGGUCGGCAGAGAGCCACCCCAGAUGCCCCUCCUGCUGACCUUCAGGAUUUCUUGAGCCGGAUAUUUCAAGUACCCCCAGGCCAGAUGUCCAAUGGGAACUUCUUUGCAGCUCCUCAGCCUGGUUCUGGGGCCACUACAGCUUCCAAGCCCAACAGCACAGUACCCAAGGGAGAAGCCAAGCCGAAGCGGCGGAAGAAAGUGAGGAGGCCUUUCCAGCGUUGACACCCCUUCUCUUGUUUCCUCAAAUCAAUGUCAGGGAGUCAAAAGGGCUGUGUACAGCAAAGGAUGGAGUUUGAUUUGUUUAUUUUUAACUAUUUUAAAAAGGGAAAAUUUUAAGCUUAAAUUGUUCACUCGGUACUUGUAGGAAGCCUCUUAACUACUUUACUUCCUUCCUCAGCACCCAGGAGUUGAAUCUUGUCUUCUGACAAUACCAAAGAAAAAGGGGGUGACUAGAGCAAAGAACCUAGGGCUUGAACCUAGGCUGGACAAUAUAUUCCUUUGAGGUGUGGAAACUGGGUAUUUCCCUGGGGUCUGCAAGUCUUUGUCAUUUGCUUUUAGAGCAGAUGAUAAUCCUCCCUUUUAAACUGAGCAUAACUUACUUCUUGACCUGUUUUAGGGGGAGCCCCCUCUUUUACCCUGAUAAACUAGUCAAAAGACAGAAUGAGAAAGCAUGAAGCCCUAAGUUUGGAGAUGUAUAGAGUUCAGAAAAUGGAAACUGAAUUUUUCCUCUGUUACUGUGUGGGUAAAUAACUCUACUUCAGGCUUGUUGUUGCAAGGAUGGCCAAAAUUAAUAAUUUUUAAAAAGCAGACUCAUGCCCUCUACCCUUGAGUGAGAGGGAAUGAUAAGGGGGUUUCCAGAAGCCCCCUUGUGAUCCAAGGGUUUGUAUUUUUUUAAGUUUGUUCAUAUUUGUAUGUAUAUAUCUAUUUAAAGCCAGGGGAUUAUCUUUCUAUAAAUAUAUAACUGGCAACAUACAUCUUCCCUCUCUUUCUUUGCCCAUGUAGCUGGAGCCCUUCUUUCUCAUUUAAGAAUCUUUUCCCUACUAAGUGUUAGCUGAG